CCCUACUGUAGUCACGCAAGACAUCCACCAACACAUUCAAAUAGGAGUGGCGUUAUAUUACAUGAGUAUGAACUGAUUUGCUGCUCUGGGCCGCCAGGCCAAUGCAACCAAUGAAAGGAAAUGACAGAGUUCCGAGGGGCGGUAUUCAGUCAAUAAAAGCCAACCUGCAGUCUACAGAAGCCUACCUGGCCAUAUUAUCAUCAUAAGGGACAACAGGCUACUAAACCCUUAUAUCCUCCCUGACAAUGGAAUUAACAGCUACAUUUCUCUCUGUAGAGAAAUUGGUGUGCGUCGUCGGAUGCAUUGCGCUUAUUUAUUACCUGUUGAAAUGGUCAUGGAAAUGUUGGUGCGGAUUCAGAGUUUAUGUUCUGUCAGAAUUUUGGCAAACUGACUUGAGAGUGUAUGGACAGUGGGCAGUGGUUACUGGAGCCACUUCUGGAAUUGGUCUAGCCUAUGCCAGGGAGUUAGCGAAAAGAGGCUUGGACAUUGUCCUAAUUAGUCGGUCAAUGAAGAAGCUUCAUGGUGUAGCAGCGGAAAUUGAGAGCCUUUAUGGCCGGAAGACUCGUGUCAUUCAGACAGACUUCACUGAGGGUCACCAAAUCUACCCUGCAAUAGCAGAGAAUCUAAAGGGCCUGGAGAUUGGCAUUCUGGUGAACAACGUUGGCUUGAACUACAGUGGAUUGUUCACCAACUUUUUGGAUGUAUCAAACUGCGAACAGAAAAUAACCCAGAUGAUCAACUGCAACAUCCUCUCCAUCACUCAGAUGAGCCGGAUAGUUCUACCAAACAUGGUUGAAAGGGGGAGAGGACUAAUCAUUAACAUGUCCUCGGAAUGUGCCUCCCAGCCCCAGCCCAUGGUGACCAUGUACUGUGCAACUAAGAUUUUUGUGACCUAUUUCUCAAGAUGUCUAAAUGCAGAGUACAGGGCAGAUGGGAUCACUGUUCAGUGUGUUGCUCCCUUUCUGGUGUACACCAACAUGACCCAGCAUAUGGGUAUGAAUCCUCUGAUGGAGACGGCUCCAGAGUACGCUCGGGUGGCUCUCAACACGGUCGGCUACUCCACCUACACCAGCGGCUGUGUGUCUCACGCACUGCAGAACAUUGCCCUGUCCGUCUUCCUCCCAGACUGGGUGCGUCUCUCUCCCUUCUGCAUGAAGCACCUGCAGAAACACGCCCUCAGUGUUCGCCAGCAAAUGAAGAAGGCCUUGGCUGAGUACUCCAGCAAGGAGGAAUAGUGAGCGACAAGCAGCACGCAUACUGUGCGCACAGCUGCCUGCAGUCUUUCUUUAAAAAACAUUACAAAAACCUCCCUUCAAAUGAUUAAGUAAGAUGUUAGAAUAGUCAGCCUUUCUGAAAAUUCAUCGCUUUUGGACGUCAGACUACCUGCAGUAGUACCUAACACGCGGAAAUGGUCGUACAUCAAGUUGGAACAUUUUCCACGGCUUUUUUUAUAAACGUGAACUUUGGUGUGAGUUUGAGCGUACACACAAAGAUCAAAUCUGUGCGUAAGAACAUUUUUUAACGGCGACAAUUCUAUUAUCGGAUUCAGAUUCAGUCCAUAUGAUCAGCACAUUGAGGGGUUAUUGCAGACCUCUGGCCUUAUUUUUACAUGAAACACUAUAGAUAGUAUAGUAUAAUGGCGUAUUUACACUGUAUGUUUCAGGUAGUUAAUAAUAAUAAUGAUAAUAAUAACAUUGUAUUUACAAAGCGCUUUUCUAGAGACUCAAGAGUUGCUUCACAUGCAAGUUCUAAUAGGUUAAAACAGCCAUUUAGGAGCAGGAAGUAGGCUAUGAUGAUUUGAGUCCUGGAUGUACUGGAGUUGAUUUGGGACUUUAGAUGAUGUACUAUAGAGGAUGCGGUCGUAGUAGCCCUGACUGGAUGUGAUGAUGAGAACCAAAGUGUCAGCAGCAAGGAGCUAAAAGAGUGAAGGACAAAGAUGUGCUGUUUUUAGAUGAAAAAAAAAGUUGUUUUGGGUGGUUACCCAUGCCAACUACGUGAAAGACCAAAAAAGCUGUUUUAACUUUAUAAAAGUUUUAUUUUGUUUUCCAUUAUUACGUCUGUUAUGUAGCAAAAUGAAGCAUGGUGCAGAAACAUAGUACAAAUCGUGUGUGCUUUCAGACUUCAGAUCUGAAAUGCUGUGUGUGUGUGUGUGUGUGUGUGUGUGUGUGUGUGUACAUGAAACAAAGCAAAAACCUAUGCAGUAUUUAAAUGAUUUUCACUGGAUUGUGUGAUCAUAUUUUUGACUAAACUCAAAUGCACACUGUAUAUAGACUGAAGUGAUUUAUUACCGGUAAGCUUGUUAAAUGCUACUAUAUGUAAAAUAAAAUACAUAUUUAAUCAGAA